GAGGUGAGUCUUCUUGACUUCAGGUUAGGCACUCAGCUGCCCAGUCAAUAAUCAAGAAGACCUAGGUUCAAAUCCCACUUCAGACACUUGAUAGCUAUGUGAUCCUGGACAAGUAACUUAUCCUCUCUGUGCCUCCAUUUCCUCAUCUGUAAAAUGAGGAGUUUAUAUUUCAUGGUUUAUAUUUCAUCUAUGACCUUAUGAAAUGCCGUGUUGGAGUUGAAGAGACAUCAGUGGUCACUGAGGGUUGAGUAUGACAAGGACAUCUUCCUGGAGUAGAUGGCAGCUUAAUCUUCAUGAAAGAGAUAAGCCACCCCUUUGUGCUGGGCUGCCUUAUACAAGAAACUUUCGUGGUAGUCUACUUGUAGACUGAUCGCUGAUCUCCCUCCUGAGCCUGGGACCACCCUUCUCUGCCUCCUCCCGACUCCUUUGAGGCUCCUAGAACACUUCUGUCAAGCAUGGGGGAUCAGAAGCAGGAGAAGAGGAGUUCCCCUGGCAAGGACUCUCUGACCCAGAACUGUGGGCAGAAGAUUGAUGAGUCUUCCAACUUGAGUCCCAGAAAGGAAAAGAACGACCAUCUGGGGCUGGGAAACUUCAAGAGGGCGUUCUCAUGGAAGAGUAAGCCAGAUGUGGAACCUGGGGACCACGUGGUGGAGAAGAGGUCGGACCGCAGGAGUUCACGUUCCCUCCUCAACUCCUUCCAAAAGGCAGAGGAGAAAGAGGCAGACAGGUCUCAGAAGCCAUCCAGUGGUCCUCAGAUGAGACCGCAGGUGUCCUCUGAAACAGAGACUCUGAAGGAGGAGGAGUCCGAAGCAGAUUCCUUCAACAAGACACUGCCAGCAAGAGCAGGGGACCCCCAGCAAGAGAAACAAAGAACCCCCAGCAAGCUUUGCUCUCCAACCCAGAGCCAGAGGGGUGGUGAAGAUUCCACAAACUCUUGCCCUGGAAAGGAGGAUGACAGCGUUCUCGGGCUGGCCAACUUCAAGAGGGCUUUUUUAAGGAUGAGCAAGAGGGAAGGUAGCCCUGGGGGCCCGGCAGCAGAGGACAGCAGCUUUCGUCGAAAGAGCUCACGCUUCCUUAGGCCUUUCAGGAAAAAUGAGGAGGACGUGACCAACCGAGUUCCAAGGUCCUCUGAAGAAGAACCCCUGGAGAUCAAAAUGGAGGUGGAGGAAGAAAAGCCAGUGUCUGAUCUCAUUGCUGAACGGCAGCUGCUGAAAGCCUUUUCCCAGCUAUACCAGCUGGAGGCCAGCCUUGUGGAGGACCAGCACUCGGGGCGGUUCAAGGACAACGUGACAGCCUACGCUCGCCAAGCCAUGGACAUCUGUGUUCACUACGACGUGAUGGCGGCCGAGAUCAGGAACAUCGUGGGUGAGACUCUGAGCCGGCCCAGGGUGGACUCAGAAGCUCUGCUGUGCAUGGCACAGCUGAUCGAGAAGGAGGAGGAGGUUCACCCGGGGGGCCUGCCUGACAGCGACUUCCUGAGAGCUCCUCGGAAGUGGAGGCCCCUGUGGGAGGAGGCGGUGAAGAAGAGUGCCUUGGAUGAGGUGGGGAAGGUGGGCCAGGGCAUGAGUGAACCUCGCCUGGCCAGCCUCCUCGCCCACCUGGGCAGGGUGGUCAAGCAGGACCUCGUGAAGAUCCGGCGGGAGGUGCAGCCCUGCUACCCGGAGGACUUCCCUGUGUGGAGGACCUACGUGGAUGCCUUCCAUGGAGCUGUGUCUGCCCGGCUUCAGGAGCUCUUGCAGGAGGCUCAAGGCUUUGAGCAGCUUUAUGUGAUAAUGGACUGGGUAGCCAACGUCUACUGCGGCAAGGACUUCCUGGGCUCCUUGGAUCUGGAGUUAGAUGUGACUACAAUGCCAAAGCUGCUGGCACCUGAGGUAUGGGAGAAACUAGAAAGUGACUACACCAAGUUCCUGGAGACCAAGAUCAACAACUGCUUUGACAGCAUUCUGAAGCUGGAACUGGACCGGUGGUCAGAAAGAGAGGGCCCUCCCCUGCUUCAGGGUCUCUACCACUCCCCAAUCUCCAUUGACAUUCACAUGCUGGUUGGGGAGCAUGUGAACACAGCCCGGGCCAUCUCCUCGGGGCUAGAGGCUACCACACUACAGAUCUUGGAGCAGUCACUGAAUGAAUUCAUCCCCAGGUUUGAGGAGAAGUUCCUGGAUUCGGACACUGCAAAGGAUCAGACCCUGUUCCUGCCCUACCUCUGUGCCUACAUCACUGCCUUCCAGGAGCUGAAGACCAACCUACCGGCCAAAUUCCUAAGCAGCUUUAAGAAUGUGAGAACAACCUUGUCUGAGGUGAUUUGCAGGUUCAAAAAGCAAAUGUUGAUCCAUUUGCAUCGAGAAACACAGGUCCUAUUCAAGGAUGUGGGCAGCAAGGCAUGGGUGACUUCCGACAAGCUACAGCCAAUCAUGGAGAAGACUGUCACCUUUGCCCAGCACCUAAAACACCUGGUUCAGCCCCACAGUCAGGAGUGUCUUCAGGAAAUCCACUGCUAUGUGAUUCGGGAAUAUGUAGCCCAUGUGCUGAGGCCACGAGAACGGCUUCGGGGAGCAGAUCGAGUGGCCAGCGCCCAGAAGAUGAGCCAGGAAUCAGAUGCCAUUGGCUCCACCUUUCAAAGUCUGGGCUCAGAAGCCUCUUGGCUGGGUUUGGUGAUCCCCUGCAUCUCAGACAUCCUGGGUGAGACCUACAAAGAGGACAUUAGAAAACAUAUCGAAACCCUCAUUGAGGGUUACCCGGACAUCAGGCAGGAGCAUGUGGCUGCCAUUUUAGCCCUUAGGAAGCUGGGCCGAAGACGAAACCAGCUCCUCCUUCGCCAUGCCCAGGCCUUGCUGAAGAAGGCACCCAAGACUUUCCCAGGCCGGGGACUCUUUGAGGAGAUUGAUGUACCUGCAUCUGUGGAAGUGCUCCUCACCUGCAUUUAGAAAUCAGCAUGGAUGAAAGGAAAAGCAGGGCCUGUGGGGUCCCUCUCUCAGGGUUCUUAAAGGUGAAAGGAUGAGAGAUCCCCUUGGAGUGGAUUCUUCAUGGAGCUGAGGACCCCAAGGACUGGGAAAAGGGACAGAGGGAUGCCAGAAAGCACAGAUGUCCCUCCCCCCGGCCCCCCCAAGAAUAUGGGAAAGCUGUUAGUUCAGCAGCCCUGGCCCCCCCUUCUUGACUUUCCUUCUCUCUCCAUUCCAAUGUCCCCCUCUACUUCCCCCAGAUAGGAUACCCAACUGGUCACCAGAUUCCUCUGUCCUGCUCCUAAGCUCCUGGUUCUGCCUAUUUCUAAGAAAUUAGGAGAUAAACAUAUUUCCUCUCAA